CUGCCUGAUGGGAACACGCAGACCCGCGCUCCAGGAGGUCUCGCUGCCCGGGGCGUCGGAUUCCUGCAGAGAUCUCGGUGGACAGUCAGAGAUGCGCGCCGAGCCUGGGAGCGCGGGGGGGGUGGGGAGGGGGAGCUCCCCCUCCUCUUGCGGGAUUUAUUUAGGAUUCGGGGUGUGCACGUGAUUCCCCAGCGAGGGCGGACUAAGGGCGCUCUCCAACAAGCAGGGCCGACUCCAAGUCCCCCGAGAGCCCCUCUGGCAAGGGUCCUUAGGACUGGGAGCCUGGAAGGAGCUGACUUGCCUGGUGGUGGCGCGCAGCCGCGGGCCCGGGAGCCGGGGGCCGGGGGCCCCGCGAUGGCCGCGGGACGCAGCCACAGGGAGCCGCGGCGAGGAUACCCGGGCGCCCCUCCCUAGCGGGGCGCAGCCUCCUCCUAAGUCCGCCGCCCGACCGGCGGGAUGGGGGGCGGAGGGUCUGCCCUGAGGGUCUGCGCGGACCACCGCGGGGGCAUCAACUGGCUCAGCCUGAGCCCCGACGGGCAGCGCCUGCUGACGGGCAGCGAGGACGGCACGGCCCGACUCUGGAGCACCGCGGACGGCCAGUGCUGCGCCCUCCUGCAAGGGCACGAAAGCUAUGUGACCUUCUGCCAGCUGGAGGACGAAGCCGCCUUCACGUGCAGUGCUGACUGCACCAUCAGGAAGUGGGACGUGCUGACCGGGCAGUGUCUGCAGGUGUUCCGGGGACACACGUCCAUUGUGAACAGGAUCCUGGUCGCCAACAACCAGCUCUUCAGCAGCUCCUACGACCGGACAGCUCGAGCCUGGAGUGUGGACAAGGGGCAGGUGGCCCGGGAGUUCCGGGGCCACCGCAACUGUGUGCUGACUCUAGCCUACUCUGCCCCCCAGGACCUCCCUGGGGCUCCGUGCACGGAGGAGGCCGUGGCCAGGGGGCUCCUGGUGACGGGCAGCACGGAUGGCACGGCUAAGGUCUGGCAGGUGGCCAGCGGCUGCUGCCACCAGACACUGCGGGGCCACACAGGUGCCGUGCUCUGCCUGGUGCUGGCCACGCCUGGCCACACGGCCUUCACUGGAAGCACAGAUGCCACUGUCCGAGCCUGGGACAUCCUGAGUGGGCAGCAGCUGCGUGUGUUCCAGGAGCACCAGGGCUCCGUCAUCUGUCUGGAGCUGGUGAACCGGCACGUGUACUCGGGCAGCGCCGACAGGACGGUCAAGUGCUGGCUGGCAGACACGGGCGAGCGUGUGCGCACGUUCGCGGCCCACAGACACAGCGUGAGCGCCCUCAAGUACCACGCGGGCACCUUGUUCACGGGGAGCGGGGACGCCCGCGCGCGCGCCUUCGACGCCCAGUCUGGAGCGCUGCGGAGGGUGUUCCGCGGCCACGCCUUCAUCAUCAACUGCAUCCAGGAUUUCAUUCACAGCCUCUGUCUCCAUAUCUUCAUCUGUUGAGGCGCUAGAGGUCCCUGCAGUAAAGAAGUGCAGCAACAGGGGAGCUGAGGGAGGAGGACAGAAAGAGAAACCUCCACGGGGACCAAAGGGACCCACGUCAGCUCCAGCUCGGCCCUCCCGCGCCACAGCGCCCGAGCAGCCCGAAGUGUGCACGUCUGCGAACGCCCCUCGCCGCCCCCGCGAGCCUUCGCCGCCCCAAGCCCCGCCUGCCGGCUUCCGCUCGAGCAGACAGUCCCUCCCGUAGGUCUUCAGACAUCGCAGACCCACCUGCAGAAUCAGACGGGGAUGUGGGUGGCGUUGCUGAAGAAUCUUCCGCCGAGAGCCGCAGGUCAGAAGGAAGACUUCCACCGUUGUGAGCGAGGGUCUGAGCCGCCAGCUGGACGUUUCCCCGGAACACCCUCAGGGCAGCCUCAGCCGCUGCCGCGUCGAAGCCCAUGUACACCAGCUGGGAGAAGGCAGGACGGCGCUGGCGAGGGCCCAGGCCACACGGCACAGCGCGCACCCGGCACUCCCGCCCCCACGCAGAGCCGGGAGAGCCAGGUCUCGGGGGCACACGUUCCCAAAACCCACCGCACGCGUGUACCACCGGCCUUCUCGCGCUAACGUGCGCGUGAGGCAGCUUGGAAAGGAAGGAGGAAGACCUGAGGCGGCCACGUUGGUGCCCAGUCGCCUCAGAAAGGCAGCCGGCUCGCAAGCCAGAGGCAGCGCUGCGUGCACAGAGCUCGUUGUCGCCGGGACCCUUAGCUAGGUCUCUGCAGCACACUAGGCAGGCUAACGUGACGGGGGGCACACGUGGACAUCCCUGCAGGUCACAGGCAGGGGAACGGGAGGCGACGCACCAAGAGGCGUGUGUAGGAAAGAGGAGAAAAGCCCGAAGAAAACCUUCCCACAGCUUCCCUGUUUCCUACUCUGAAGGAAAUGCCUGUGCCCCGCGUCCACCCGCUGCAACUGCUGCACGGAGGCUGCGCCCUCGGGCGGGCCGGUCACACCUGGAGCCCCGGGCGCCAAGGGCUCGGCCCUGCCUGGCCGCCAGCCUUGUCCCGCCAGCCAGUCCCACACGAGGCUGUGCGGGCGGAGAGGGGCACAAGGCGCUUGCACUCACUUGGUCAAUGGUUUCCCGAGAAGGACUCUCCUGAUGGCUGUUGGUUUCCGGACCAGAAUCGUUUAACCACCACAUCUGAGGCUGACUGAGCAGAAUCUAAAAACGUACAGGGACACCCGUUACUCAUCACUAACAUCCGCUCGGUCACUCAGGCAGAGACUGAGCACCUGUCACGCGCUAGGCAGGCACAGCCGUGGGACACACGAACAGGUGUAGAAACUGUGGUGGACGAGGCUCAGGGUGCUGUGGAAGCAGAGAACGGGGACCCCUGAAUAGGCUGCGGCUGGAGAGGCGGCUGUUCAAAGGCGGCUCCCGCCAAAGGUCGUGUCUGAGUUGAGGUCUGGAGGAUGAACAAGAUUAUUCAGGCAAAAAGAGCGCAUCCUGAGGAAGCAGGAAAGGAUUUGAGAGAGCAGGCGGAAGGAUUCCAAGAAAACACAAGCUUGUUGCAGCUCAGCCUUAGGGGUGACAAGGUCAUAAAGAGCUAUAAACGGAAAGCUGUAAGCAGUCCAGGGCUGCCCAAUGUGACUUCUCUUUGGAAGGUGACAUGCUCUAGGUUUACAAUGUCAAGGAGAAGAGCAUUGGACCCUUGAUUUCUCUGUCACAUGAUACUUACUCUUAACCUUAUAAAGCCCUUUUGGGGAACUUCCCUUUUAACACUGAAUACUUCUAUAUCGAUCAAAUGCAUUUAUGUACUAUUUGUAUAAUUAAAAACAAGUUUUGAGCCCCAUCAGUCCCUUCACAUAUUCAGAAUUUUUAAAUUUCUCUAAGAAAUCAAAUUAGAUAUUCAAAUAACAUUUUGAAUUAAAAAAAUAUAUUAAUACAUAUAUUUGAAAAUUCAGUCGACCCUUGCACAACGCAGGAUUUAGGGGCGCUGACCCUCAUCGCAGUGGAAAACCCAAGUGUAACUUACUGUGGACCCUCGGUAUCCACAGUUGCUCCGCAUCUGCAGAUCGUGAAGUACUAUACAUAGUUAUUUACUAUUGAAAAAGGUCCACGCGUAAGUGGACCCACGCAUUUCAGACCCAUGCUGUCCAAGGGUUAACAGACCGACUAAUGGGGACCUCUGAAGAACAGGACGGGAGGUCUUGAGAAUAAGAGGCAAAGGCAGGGCAGGCUCCCCACUGCCUGCAGGAUUCAGUGUGAACUCCUCAGCAGGGCAAACAAGGUGACGCGGCCCACCUAGCCCCUGCCUACCUGUCCAGCCCCAUCUCUGGCCAUUCCCCACCCCGCCCCACCUCCAGCAGGUGUAACCCAGGCCUUGGCAACCCCGGGGCUCAACUCCCCCGGCCUCAUGCUUCAGCCCUUAGCGCUGCCCCCGCUUCUCCUCCGUCUGCUGGGCCCCCUCCCGUGACCCGCCCCCCAGCUCAGCUUGCAGCUCCUGCCUCCCCACCCAGUGCUGCGCUCCCACAUGGUAGCCCUUACACCACUGUGCUCUCUGCGUCUGUCUCCCCACUAGCCUGUGGGCUCCCCCAGGGCAGGCGGCAUCUCCGCUGAGACUCAGCACAGCGCCUGCCUCAUUAAGUAUCCUGUCUGCUCCUUGAACAAAAAUUGGAAGGACGUGGACCCGGGCAGAGUUACCACUAAUUUGGAUCCCAACCUGUUUAGUCACUUCUGAGGACUUCUUUAAAAAGCCCCUUUGCCAACAUGUACUACUGACUAAAUAAUAAAACUAAAUAUUCAAAGAAAACAUUUGAAUUCAAAAAAAUUACAUUAAAACUUCAAUCACCUUUCUUCCACCUCACUGUUAAACUCCCGCUGCAAACAGAAACCUCAUCAAAGUUCCUGCCCUGCGAGCCCUGCGGCAUCGUGGACAGGCACUGAGGUGGGUGCGGCUCGUCACUCUGGCUCUGCCACUGGGUUCGAGAACAAGAGAGUUCCGACCCUUAGAUCCAAACCAGGAAUGAAGAG